AUGAUUUACAAAUAAUUUGUAAAUUCACUUAUAGAAAAUGCUACGAAAGAAUAUCCUAAAAGGAGCUUUCAUUUAACAGAACUACUCGCUUUUGGCUCUGAAGGUGGAGCAUUUCUUGCUAUUGCCAAGAAUUGGGGCAAAAAUCCUUAAAACGUUGUAAUUAAAAUACAAAAGAAUAUGAAAGCGAAUGAGAAGGAUUUUCUAAAUAAAUUAAUAAUAUACUAAGAUUAGUAUGAAAGUGGAAAUAAUAAACAAUACUUACCAAGCAAUUUAAUCAGAGUAUUCGAGUGUUUUGAAUGGAAAGAAAAUAAUUGUGUUUUAAUGGAAGUUGGUGGUUAAUCCUUGUUUGAUUAUAUUACUAUGAAAACGGAUUUAUAAAUGGAAGAAAGAGUAAAAAUUUGUUUUGAAAUUUGCUACCCAUUAUACUUUUUACAUUAAUAGAAAUUAAUACAUAGAGAUAUUAAACCUGAAAAUUUCAUUACGGUAGGAGAGAUUUUUAAACUUAUUGAUUUUGGUUUGAUUCGGAGUUCAUUCUCUCAAAAAAAAACAUAAUAAGUAGGUAAUGUGAUCUCUCAAGCACCUGAAAUUUUAGAGAAUAGCAGCUCAUAUACAGAAAAAGUUGACAUAUGGUCAUUAGGCUGCGUCUUUUAUGAAGUAUUAUCAGGUUAAGCAUUGCUUGAUGCCCCCAAACACAAUUAUAAUUUCAGGUUAAACUUAUGA